AUGGGGUCCGUGAAAUGGGAAAUACAACAGCGUUUGCUGAUUUUACUUUGGAUUGGAUCAUUUUCAGCUGUUUUUUGUUUUAGCGAGUUGUCGUUUGUCACCGAGCCCCGGGAUGUCAUCGCAUCUCUGGGUGAUCGCGUUAUUCUGGACUGCCAGGCACAAGGCGAGUCGCCCAUCGCUGUGCGAUGGAGGAAGAACGGCGUCCAACUCCAGGAGAGCGAGCGAGUUCGAAUCCUGUCCAACGGAUCUCUGUACAUCUCCAAUGUGAAGAGUUCAGCAGACCAAUCAGAUUACGGCUUCUACCAGUGCCUCGUCCGAAACACAUAUGGAGCCAUACUGAGCCAAAGAGCACGUCUCACAAUCACAAGUAUGUUGUCAUUUGUAACCCAUCCUGUUCCUGUGGCGGUCACAGUCCGGUCUGUGGCCAGAUUUUCCUGUAGUGUUAUCGGCACUCCUACAGCUGUGAUCACCUGGGAACUCAACCAAAGAUAUCUACCGUUGAAUACAGACAGAAUCACAGUUUUGCCAAAUGGAGUGCUGCAGCUCCGUGACGUGACAAUGAAGGAUGCUGGGAAAUAUCGCUGCUCAGCAUCGAACAUCGCCAGUCGAGUCAAGAGCAGAGAGGCGGAGCUUAUCGUCAGCCCAGCAUUGAGUCCGAGAACCCUCAUGAAACCACAGAUCAUCGCUGGACCUCAGAACAUCAGCGCCGGUCUACAUCAGUCUGUGAUUCUGGAGUGCAUGGCAGAGGGCAACCCUCACCCCCUAGUGUCCUGGAGCAGGGCGGACUCCAAACCGAUUGACCUGUUUGGCACGAGAGUGCUGGGCAACGGAAAUCUGAUUAUCUCUGCCGUGAAGGCCCAGCAUAGCGGCACUUAUUUAUGCCGAGCGACAACACCAGGAACACGCAACUACACAAUAGCAUCCGCCAACCUCACUGUACUUGUUACUCCAACUUUGGUGGAGAAACCAGAGAGCCAGACUCGACCCAGAGCCGGUACCGCUCGAUUCAACUGUCAGGCCGAGGGCACACCUGUGCCCUGCAUCACCUGGUUUAAGAACGGUCAGGUGAUCCACUCUAACGGGCGCACCAAGAUGUACAACAAUAAACUGGUGAUAACCCAGAUCAUUCCGGAAGACGACGCCUUUUACCAGUGCCAGGCGGAGAACUCUCAGGGUUCGGUUCUGUCCACGGCCCGACUCAUUGUGGUGCUGUCAGAGGAUCGUCCCAGUGCGCCACGCAACGUCCACGCUGAAACCAUCUCAAGCUCUGCUAUCUUGCUGGCAUGGCAGAGACCGCAGUACAACACGGAUAAAGUCAUUGCAUACUCUAUUCACUACAUGAAAUCUGAGGGUCUAAACAAUGAGGAGUAUCAGGCUGUGAUUGGCAACGAUACAACCAGCCACAUCGUGGACGAUCUGGAGCCAGCACGCAACUACACGUUUUAUAUCGUCGCAUACAUGCCGAUGGGUGCCAGUCGCAUGUCAGAACAAGCCACGCAACACACGCUGGAAGAUGUGCCCCUCCGUACCCCUGAGCUGAGUUUGACCAGUCGCAGUCCGACCGACAUCCUUGUGUCCUGGCAGCCUCUUCCUAACAAACUGAGCCGUGGGCGUGUAUCUGCGUACCGCCUGUCAUACCGUACAGCUGCUGAUGACCAGAUAACGUCCGUUGAAUUGCCCAUCCAGGGUGAAAACUGCACGCAGUAUCUUCUUCAGGGUCUUCAGCCCGACACCAUCUACCUGAUCCGCAUGUCUGCAUCUACCCGUGUGGGCUGGAGUCAACCAUCCGCCUGGAACUCUCAUCGCACACCCAAAACAUCCAGCUCCACAGUUCCUCCUGCCCCAAACCUUGAGCUUGAACCGCUAAACUGCACGUCUGUGACGGUUCGCUGGCACACGGCUCCUAGCGACGUUGUCAUCCAGGGAUACAAACUGUCUUUUCACCCAGACGGCCAAUCAGAAGACUCUAUUCUCCAGCUGCCCCCUCACGACCACCAGCACACCAUCGCCGGGCUCAACCCCAGAGUGAAGUAUCAUGUGAAAGUGUUGGCGCUCAGCUCUAACGGUGACGGUUAUCAGGCACACCAAACCGUCAACACUCCAGGAUGUCCUUCUUCACCGAACCGCAGGUUGGCGAUGCUGCCUCCUCCAGACCACAUCCACACUGAAGCUAACAGCUCAUCGGCGGUGAGUCUGGUUUGGGGUCGGCCUGCAUUCAGUUCUGGAAAACCCCUGAGCUAUUCCGUCCGCUACGGUCCAGUGAGUCCGUCUAACACCUCAACCGUUCGCUACCUCCAAACCACUGAGCAGACGGUAAAGGUGACGGGACUCCGGCCAAACACCCGUUAUGAGUUUGCUGUACGUCUUCAUAUGGAUCAGAUGUCCAGUCCCUGGAGCUCGACGGUCUAUGAGAGAACUCUUCUGGAAGCGCCAUCCUCCCCCCCACUGUCCGUCAGAGUCACUCUAAUAGAAGAUGGUACAGCGCUGGUGUCAUGGAAACAACCGGAUCAGCCCAACCUGCCCGUAACGCACUACACCAUCCUGUACGCAUCGCAGAACUCGUGGAUCGCCGGAGAAUGGCAGGUUCUGCAGAGAGAGGGAACAAACACUAUGGCCCUUCUGGAGAAGCUGGAGUCAGGUAACGUUUACGUGGUGAAGGUUUCUGCAUCUAACCAGGCCGGUGACGGGCCGUUCUCAACCACUGUAGAACUGCCAGUGCACCGGGGUAAAAAUCACCAGCCACGCCAUGCAGACAGCCAUGCCGAGAAAACAGCUUUUAUAGACAGUCUUUAUCGCAUCGAUGAGAAGUCUGUGACUGGCAUCAUCGUUGGCAUGUGUAUCGCGCUGGCUUGUAUCAUCAUGUGCUUCUUCAUUCUCUUCACCAGAAGUAAAACACGGAAAUCAGCAUCCUCAAAGAUGAUUGGACAGGUGAGGAAUGAGGUCAUGCAUAGUGGUGUUUCAACAGCCAAUCAGAUCCCAGCGGAGAACGCAGAGGUUCUGGUUCCGAUGAUGAGAACCCACUUCAUUGAUACCAAAGGAGGAACGAAUUUACUGAUAAACAACACAGGACCAGUAAUGAGCGACAGUCAGAGCAAACGGAAAAAAAUUAACAUUUUCAACAAUGUGUGGAAGUCUAGCGCACAGAAAAGCAAGAUCAAGGACCACGGUUGUCUUUACGAGGAAGAGGAAGCCGUCGCCUCCGCGCAAGCGCACUGCCCGCAAAUCCCGUUCCGGCCACUAGGGGAGUCAGAGAGCUCGCAAACCAGCGAUGGCAGCCGAGAAACGGCCGAUUCUGGAAACUUCUCUCACGAUGUGGCGGAAAACAGCCCGAACCUGAGCCCUUGUAGGUCCGACGACAACGAGAAAUGUUCAGACGACGCCCUGCGAAACGAAUUGCGCGUUUCAGAAAUGUCCAUCUGUGUUGCGAGCGUCUGCGGGUUGGUUCUAGACGCUUCGCAACCGAUAUCUACCUCCGAUCAGCAAUAUGUGACGGUUCCUCUUUAGCUCAACUGUCAGUUUGUGAUUUGAGUGGGCGUGGCCUCGUUAUUCCAAGGCCGAUGAACGUGAUUUUCACUCAGGAUUCAAUGGCGAUCCGAUGUUGGCGCCAAAGUCUGGAUUGAAAGUUUAAGAUAGCUUUACUAAGUCACAGAUGUGACAAACUUGCACACCUUUAAACGUUCCCAUUAACGAUCCCCUACACUUUUCAUAAAUCAUUUCACACCUGAUGUGCUUUACACAAACCGACGAGUGUUUGUUUGUGGAAUUAAAAGAGACGGAGUUUAUUUCUGCUGUCUCUCUACCUCAUUUAAUCUUGUGCUUUACGGUUUCUAGCUUUGUUCUGAAAUUUCGUUUGACUUUUUUAUAUAAACACUGAAGGUUUUACUAAAUAUAUAUAUAUAUAUAUUUGUUUUCCUCCUGAAGAGAACUAGUUAAAGAGAUAGUUCGCCAAAAAAUGAAAAUACUGUUAUUCUCUCAACAAAAUCUACGUUGUUUUGUUUGAGUUUGUUGUUUCUUAUUUUAGGCAUAAAUCUUUUCAUUUUGGGUGAACUAUUCCCUUAAGGUGCUUGACCUCAUGAAGGAAAGCGUUUAUAAAAUCGCUGCUUUUACGAGUUUAAAGACGGGAUCGAAUAAGGACGGAGAAAUGUCCUCAAUUGAAACGUGUGCUGUUAUUUAAUUCUGAUAAAGUAAAAUAACCCCAAAAAACACUGGUGCACUGGUGACAUCGGUGUGCCAAAAUCUGAACGCUUUACAGGAUGUAAACGGCCUUAUGAUGGAGGGUCAUUUGCAAUAUGAAAGAUGUCUGAUCCAAAGAUUGAGUUAUACAGAGGUGUGAUGCCCAAAGAUAUAAAAUAUAUAUUUGUGUAUAUUUGAAAGUGCCAAAGUAAUGCCAUUCCAGCUUUAUGUUUAUGGGUGUAGCCCAGCAUGUUUUCACGAUAGCUUUAGCGCUCAGAUUCUGGGUGAGCGCGACGUUUUUCUUUGGUGAUUUUUCCAUUUUAGAUUGUAGUGAAGCAGAUGUGGUGACAGAUGCUGUAAUCCAAAGAGUUGUUUGCUUCGUUCAAAGGGUUGAUGUACACAAAGAUACAUAAUCUUAAAGGAAUAUUCUGGGUUUGGAUCAAUCGGCGGCAUUUGGGGAAUAAUGUUGAUUACCACUGAAAUUAGCGUACACAACAAUCGUUAUGCCCCCUUCGGCAUAUCGUGGCGCAGUUUUGUGGCCAGUUCUGCAUAACACGGCGGCUCUUUUCAUCUUAGUGACGGUUCUCCCGAUGGCCAGUCCGCCGCUGAUCGGCCCCAGAGUGCGUCGGCCCACCGGGAAAAUACCCGGUAUGCCAGAUCACCAAUCCAGCCCUGGUUACAGCCCAUUUUACAACUCCGUUGCCAUGACGACGUAACGCCGUAAACCUUGAAACAACCGUAAAACAACGUUUAAACAACUUUACAGCACAAAUAAUACACACCAGUUUUAACAUAAUUAAUGAAAGUGCUUUAAUGAAAUUAUAAGCGUCACAUUUCUGCCUUUAAACCCUCUAAAUAUUGCCCCCAUUGACUUCCAUUGUAAGUGUCUCACUGGAACACACAUUUGUGCUUUGUUAAAGAAAACGAGGAACGAGAUGUAAUCAAUAUUAUGCCAGAAAUCCUCUCGAUUGAUCUGAUGUUGUAUCGAACCCAGAAUAUUCCUUUAAACAGUUCACAUACAGGAUAUGAGAUAAUAUAUCUCACUUUAAAACCAAAGUGCACGUCUCUGCUGCGACUGAGCUCGUUGUGUGAUUCUGACUGAAUUACAUUUACAGUGGCAUACAGCUGAAAGCAUUUAAAGAUGUUUUAUAGUACAAUUACAGAAAAAUAUCAUUAGAGAGUUUUUGGACAACCCUUCUGAUUGAGGUGACGCAAAAUCAUUAUUUCAGGAAAGCUAAUAAUAAUCUGUACCAAAGAAUGAUACGGUCACCCCUGUGCAUUGUGUAGACUUGACAUUUUAUAAUUAAUUUGCUUCUUUUAAAAGUUGCGUCUGUUUUGACCACGACCGCUCCGCCACACAUCACAGAAACAUCUGUGAGAUUUCAUGACACCCGUUGAGUUUCAGAUGAACCUCAACAAUGUGAAUGUAAAGAGUCUUCUAAAAAGCUUUUUUAGGGGCUUCUCUGAUUAAACAGCUCAAACAUAUUGAUGGUGGUUUGCUGGUGGUUUAAGAUGGUUUUGCUGCCAAAACCAUCAAAUCACAGCCGUCUGACUGGUGCAAACCAGCUUGGUGGUCCAGCUAAAACCAGUAAACCACAUUAGAUUGGUUAAAGCUGAUUAUAUUCUGUAUUUUACAUGAAUAUUUUUUGAUAAUUGUUAUUUUGUGCUUUUGAACUGGUUGAAUGUGAUUUAUGUUGUUUUAUUCGUCUUUUUUACUCUAGAUGAGUCUGAUUCCAAACUGUUUUUGACUUUAAUGGGCUUUUGUUUACUGUGUUAUUUUAAUAUAAUCUUUGUGUUUGUUGUUUUAUGGUGAUUUCUAUGAUUAUUUAACUCCCCCAUGUGUUAAUGAGGACCAUGUUGUACCAGUUUGAUUCCAUUACAUGCCAGAAAGUGGUCAGAA